AUGGCCAGAGUCCCUGACAUGUUUGAGGUGCUUGAUUCCUCCUACAAUGAAAAUGAGGGACUUAUUUCGGACCUUGACCAAGUCUCGCUGAGUCAGGAAUCUUUCUAUCCUAGCUCCAGUCCGCACCACAAGGAGACGAAACCAGAGAAUUUUGAGGAGAUCCACCGGCACUUCCAAGGGUAUAUGGGUGUACUGGCUCCCCAAAGAAAAACAGAAAAUAGACGACUUUUUGUGAGCCAUUCCAUCACCUAUGACAACCUGCUUAACGUUGACAGCGCUCCAGAAGAAGAUGAAGAUGUAAUCAGAUACAAGUUGGCCUCCUUCACCACCGCUGGAAAGGAGAUGAAGUAUGAAUUCCAGUCCUUUGAAACCAACCAAGUACUGACUGACCAAAACUCCAGAGCUAUAUUGCGAAAAGAUAAUAACCUCAUAGCUCUUCAUAUACAAGGCGCAAACCGUAAACAGUUGUUUGACAUAGGCAGAUAUGUAACCCUAGGACCCGCACCAAAUAAUGGGAUAGCUGUAACCAUAAGGCUUUCAAACACAAACCUGUAUGUGACCGCAAAGGAGGAACUACAAGCUGUAGAAUUACAGGAGAUUCCAAAGACACCUACUGUGAUUGAUGGUUCUCAGAGUCCCUUCCUCUUCUACUAUACAACAGAUCACCCUUUCAGCACCUUUGCCUCUGUGGCCAAUCCACACUUGUUUCUGGCUACCACACCUGUGGAUGGAGAGAAGUUGAUCAUGGCGAAAGGACUGCCUGCUCUUAUUCACUUCCUAGUGGACAACGUAUAA